AUUAGUUUUUAAAUCGUUAUACUGUUGUAGUAAGCAAGUUACUACUUAACAAUAAAACAAAUCCCACAGGUACAUAACUAUACUAUACUAUAAUUUAGAUACUGUAAUUCGGCAUACAUCGGAUAAUAGAGACGGAGGUAAGGGUUCUUUCUGUAUAUUACAUUUUAAUGUCUUGGGGAAGAGACGGUAGAUAUUAGGAACUCACUGAACCAUAAUUAUGGUAAGGGUACGGAAGAUGUUCAAAUAUAAAAAUAUAUACUAUAUGAUUAUUUUGAUUACAACGCUGUACGCUGUACGUGACGAUAUCCAAUAUAAAAAAUAUUAGUGAUUAUCUCAAACCGAAUACACAGAAUUAUACUGGAAGUCAUGAAAGGCGUGGGCUGGAACGAUGUUCACACAAACCACAUCCGUGAGCCGAGAUACAGUAUCUAUAGGCAAGGGGUACGGGGAACUGCAUAUAAAAGGGAGCCCGAAUCGGCCUGUUUUCAGACGUGUACUACCACCCAUUAGUGCAAGCACCUUCACGCCACUCUGUACGAGCAUAUUUUGGACUUAGAAAAAUUAUCAACAAUAUAAUAAAAUUCACAAUAAAACAACAACUGUCUUUUAUUUAUUAUCAACCACGACUACAACAUCAAACAAAUUGUCUGCGACCCGCAACGAUAAUAUCUCGGCAGCCACUUAUCUGCUAUUAGAACUACGAUAGUAGGUACCAAGCUGUCGAGAACAUUACACUGGCGCAGUCGAAAAAGGAGGUUCAAGGAGUUUCAAGACGAGGCGAGCAGUCAAAGCGGCGGAUUUAAAUUUCCAAAGGCGAGUCUAGCAGUCAAGGCGGCUACAUUCAACUUCGGAGAUCCAGUACCGACGCAGCGGCUACACCACGUCAAGCAGCUCCACGGAGGUAACAGUUAAGGUCUGAUCAACCAAGGCGACUCCGGGAUCAACGAACAAAUUCAAGACGGGCCAGCAGUCAAUCAAGAAAAUGAACACAGCAGUGGCAACAACGUUGUUGUUAUCUCUGAUUACGGCAGGACAUGGUCAAAUUCCAUAUAAGGUGGAAGAAUUUAGAAAUCAAACACUGAUGUAUUAUGAAAAUUACGGUACAGUUCGGUUGACAGGAGCGACCUGGCAACUGAUCACGUAUUUACCAUUAAAAAAUUAUGACCUUAGGCAUGACAAAUUACAAUUGGAAAUAGGUAUAAUAACUAAUCUUUGUAAAAACAGCGCAACAACACUUGAAAUGUGUUCUAGGCUAGACAAUAUCUUUAAAGUAAUGUUUCAAGAAAUUUCCUUACAACGAGAAAAAAUGUACGAAUCGAUAGGUAGGUACACCGAACAAUCGGAAACAACCACGUACACAAGUAGGAAAAGGCGGGGUCUAAUAAAUUUCGUAGGAUCGGCCAUGAAAACAUUAUUCGGGGUAUGUGAUGAAGAAUGUGCAAAAGAAUCGGUGGAGGAAAUAGGUAAAAUAGAACGAACUAACGAACGCAUGUUACACAUACUUAAAGACCAAACUACGGUAGUUAAAUCUACUGUAAAGGGGAUUAGUACCACAUCGGAUGAAAUAAAUAAAUUAUACAAUGAGUUAGUUAAUAAAAAAGAUAUAAUAAACGAAGUAAUUAACAAAACAAACACGUUAGAAGCAUUAGUUUUAUCAAAUAAAAUACAUGGUAUAUUCACAGCACUAUUAUCGCAAUAUUCAAUGGAAACGCAAUCGAUAGGUGCUAUUAUAACUGCGGCUAGGACAGGGGUAAUACACCCAAGUUUAAUGACACCGCGAGAAAUGGCAGAUCAUUUAACGCAAAUUAAGUUAACUUUACCUAUUAAUUUAAAUUUGCCUAUGGGCACAAAUCCGAAUGAAAUUUACGAGUUAAGUAAAAUUACAAAAAUGGCAGUGUUCUAUAAGGAUAGUCAAAUAGUAUUCGUAAUAAAACUUCCGCUGGUUACCGAAUUGGAGCUCACGUUGUUCAGAAUACUUCCAAUACCACAGCCGGUCGAAACAAUGAUAAACGGAAUGAAAAAUAAAAAUCAUAGUAUUGUUUUAAAACCAGAAUUCCAAUAUGUAGCGAUUACAAAGAAUAGGGAACAAUAUACCACGUUCACAGAAACUCAGCUUUUACAUUGUACGGAAACAGAAAUAUUUACAAUAUGUCCAGAGUUUUCACCAGUCGUACACUCGAACAACAAAAAUCCAUGUGAGAUAGCUUUAUUCAAAAAUCCGGAUGUCUUGCCAGAAACAUGCGAGACGGGAGUCCUAGUAUUAUCGAAAGACAUAUUUUAUAAAUUAAAACAUGCAAACACCUGGAUAUACACAACAAAGGGUGAAACAUUGACUAUUGCGUGUAGGGAAAACUCGGAACCAUAUAUUACAAAAAUACGGAAGCAAGGAUUAAUUUGGUUAAGCUCAAAAUGCAGAGCGUACGGAAACGAUAUCAUUUUAAAUCCGACACAAGAAAUAAAAUCAAAACACUAUGUUAACUUUAUACCCGAAGUAGGACAGGGAAAAAUAUCAUUUAAGGUAUCCGAUAGAAUAAAGAGUAUGAACCUACCUAAGAUAAUGGUAAACCAAGAUUCACAUAAACUCGAAAAAAUACACGAAAUAGCACAAUCGUUAGAUAAGGUGCAACAACAAAUCGACAAUGAAAUAUUAACACAAUCAGGACAGCUUACUUCGUUGCGACGUCCGCAAUAUGAAAUGGUACGAUUAGGUAGAAGUAAACUCUGUACGGAUGAUGUCAAGGUUGAACAAAAGUUUAAUAAGGUAGACGAGCAAAAUACGCUCGGAGGGGAGGAUGUACCACCUCAAAUAAAAUAA